AUGGACAGCGAAAUACAAGUGAAAGACAUUCAGUUGGACCAGGCCGUUGAGAAUGAGACUAGCGUUGUUGUGGAAGCAGGUGUUCCCCUGCAAGACGCUGGCGGAAGCGACCCCAAGGAUGGUCAACAGAAACGUGGUUUCUCCGAUGGAGAUGGCGGCUAUGUCAAAAAGCAAAAGAGGAUCCGGGAAGCUUGGGAUGAAAAGGCUGAGGCCCGUAUUCUAGACGAGAGUGGAAAUCCGCUCUACAACGAUCCUCGUAGGCCCAAGAAGAAGGUGGCCUGUUUGAUUGGAUACUGUGGAACUGGUUACCAUGGAAUGCAGCUUAAUCCAGGAACCAAGACCAUUGAGUAUGAGCUCUUCGAGGCCUUCGUGAAGACAGGUGCUAUAUCCAGAGACAACUCGAAUGAUCUCAAAAAGUCCAGCUUUAUGAGGGCUGCACGUACCGAUAAAGGAGUCCAUGCUGCUGGAAAUGUGGUGUCGCUCAAGAUGAUCGUGGAAGAUGAUAAUCUGCUGGAGAAGUUGAAUGCCGAGCUUCCAGACCAGAUCCGUGUUUGGGGUAUUGAGAGAGUCAACAAGAGCUUCGACUGUCGUAAGAUGUGCUCUUCCAGAGUGUACGAAUACCUGAUGCCUAGUUUCUGUCUUUUGCCCCCAAAGCCGACUUCUCCUUUAGGAAAGCAUCUGGCUGAGACUUUGAAUGCCAACCCCGACAGUUUGAGGGAGGACAAAGAAGGAGUUGAAUGGUGGGAGGAGUAUAACCGUGUUCUGGGCGAAAGAGGGAUUUCAGCUGAGGACGUGGAGAAGGUUCUCGAAGCUACUAUCAACUCAGAGUUGGCUACAGACGAAACUGAUGCUCUUGGAAAACAAAUUCGUCGUAUUGGCACGGAAUUGAGAAGAAAUUACAGAUGUACACCUGAGAGACUGGCGGUCUUUAGAGAUGCCCUCAAGCUUUACGAAGGAUCUCAUAACUUCCACAACUUCACUCUGGGCAAGCAUUUCAAAGACCCAAGUGGAACGAGGUUUAUGAAGGAUCUGACUGUUUCGGAACCGUUCGUGAUUGAGGGAACAGAGUGGGUUUCAAUCAAGAUUCAUGGUCAAUCGUUCAUGCUUCACCAGAUCAGGAAGAUGGUUGGAUUAGCUGCCUUAGUGGCUAGAACAGGUGCCAGUCUUGACAGAAUCACCGACUCAUUCACGAACAUCAAGCUGAACAUCCCUAAGGCUCCUGCCCUUGGACUUUUGCUAGAACAGCCGGUUUACGAGGCCAUCAACACCAGACUCGAGAAGUUCGGCUACAAGCACGUUGAUUUUGCACCUUACGAGACUGAGAUGCUCGAGUUCAAGAAGAGCUUCAUUUAUGAUAAGAUUUAUGCUGAAGAGAUCAAAGAAAAUGUUUUUUACGGAUUCUUUUCAUUUAUCGAUGGGUUUGUUGGUAAUGACGGGUUUAAGGGCAUCAAAAUGUUCGACUUUUUGACUGGUAAUUUUUCAAAGGUGAACAAUGGAGAGAAGGAAGUGAAAGAAGCGAAGAAGAAAACUCAACCAGCUGAGACCGUUGCUGCAACAGAGGAGGCCACAAAAGUCACAGAAACCGAACCUCUUGAGGCCAAGCCUGCUACGGAGUAA